AUGAUCAAAAUUACUGUUGGAGUUCUCGCCUUACAAGGCGCAUUUCACGAACAUGUCGUGCUACUGAAGAAGGCGGCCGCGUCGCUGGUUUCACAGCAAGUUUCCUCGUCGCAUUGGGACUUCCUUGAAGUCCGGAACUCGCAAGAACUUGAGAGAUGUGAUGCGCUUGUUCUGCCCGGGGGUGAGAGCACCGCUAUCUCUUUGGUGGCGGCUAGGUCCAACUUACUGGAGCCUUUGCGGGAUUUUGUCAAGGUGCAUCGCAAGCCGACGUGGGGAACUUGUGCCGGGUUGAUUUUGCUUGCGGAGUCGGCCAACCGGACUAAAAAAGGAGGACAAGAAUUGAUCGGAGGUUUAGAUGUUCGGGUGAAUCGAAACCAUUUCGGCCGUCAGACUGAGAGCUUCCAGGCGGCCCUUGAACUGCCAUUUCUGAACUCCCUCGGUGAACAGCAGUCGCCCUUCCCAGCAGUAUUUAUCCGAGCGCCGGUCGUCGAAAAGAUCCUGCCACAUCAGGAGGGUGUUCAGGUUGACGAGCUCCAGAGAGACGAGACGGUUGUCGCUCCCGCACGUCAGGCAGAGAACGAAACUGCCCGAAAGGCAAUGUCACACGACGUGGAAGUAUUGGCCUCCCUACCCGGCAGGGCGGCGCGUUUGGCCAGCGGUGGUAAUGCUGUAUGUGCGGAUGAGGAAACUGGCGAUAUCGUCGCUGUGCGACAAGGAAACGUUUUCGGCACAAGCUUCCAUCCUGAAUUGACCGGCGACGAAAGAAUUCACUCCUGGUGGUUGCGACAGGUGGAAGAUUCUUUAAAGCAACUGUGA